UGGCUCUUUCGCGGCCAUCAGACCGUUCCCAUCCAGUAACAGGCAGACACAAAGAAAAUACAUCACUCUGCACGCAGCAUCAGACCCGCAUUGAGCGAUCACGAACAUGAUUAAGCCUAUCAAAACCUUCCACCUUUGGCUGGCUUUCGCCUUGUAUGUUGCCCACCUCGCAGUAGCGCGCCCAGCCGCCCAAGAAACCUCACACCUCCUUUCGGCAACGAGCAACUUAGCAUUUGUCCGUCGUGAAGUAGUGGAAGCCCAUCAGCAAUGCCGCGACAAUGCUGAGAAGGUCUUCAAGGAUGCCCUGAACGCCAAAGGCAUGUCUUUUGUGACUUUCUUGGGCAAAGCCAAGACGAACGGCGAAGAUCAUGCCUGCAGGUUCCUUUUCGGUCAUGGAGAGUGCAAUGCCAACAUGGAGACCUACUUUUCACAAAAUGGAGACCUGGCCACGUCCGUCCUGAAGCGGGGAGUCGAAGCGCACGAUGGAAGCUCUGAAAGCACGACGGAACAGGUGUGCGGAUCUUGCAAGAAUGAAGGGCACCGAGCGGAGCUCGUCAAUACGAUGCAGAGCCAAGACAAGCUUGAGAAGCGCAACGGUGGACUAUGCAGCUGCUUGAAAAAGCUCUGCUCCAAGUGCUGCAAGUGCUGCGAAUGUUUUCUCAAUUGCUUGAGCGGGGGCGAAUUGGAGAGAACCAAGGUAAAGGAGUCGGCAGAGAUGCAGAUGGCAACGACGGUCUGAGAAGCUCGCCCUUUCUUUUCUCCAUGUUCGCCACCUCAUCUCUCCAGCUGUACACUCUCAAACAUCUCACCUCGCUUUCUCAAUCUUCGUCAUGAUCUAUCUUCACUUUCC